UUUAUGUGUCACUUAUUAGAUUGAGACGAGUGACGAAAGAUGGCGGCGUUCGUCGAAAGCUUUGUAGAAGUCGCCGGGAUAGUUGCUCUGUCCUAUCUUGGAAUCAAGGCGUUAUGGGGCGUUUGGCAGACAGUAAGGGUCUACUUGUUGUCGGGACCGCUUCAGUUGUCCGUGGAUUUUAGGAACUACGCAGGAAAGUGGGCAGUUGUUACAGGCGCCUCAGACGGAAUAGGCAAGGCAUAUGCAGAACAACUUGCAGCUCGUGGGAUGAACAUUGUACUGAUCAGUCGAUCAGAAGGCAAGCUGAAGGCUGUAGCUGCAGGGAUAGAGAGUAAAGCUGGCGUUCAGACAAAGAUAGUGGUUGCAGAUUUUGGCUCAACCGAAAUCUACGACAACAUCAAACAGGAGUUGGAGGGACUGGACAUUGCCUGUCUUGUCAACAAUGUGGGUACGGCAUCACCCACUUACCCGGACUUCUUCCUAAAUGUAGAGGAUAAGCUUAAUGACCUAAUGGUGAACGUCAAUGUGAUGUCCGUCAUCAAGAUGACCUCGAUUGUGCUGCCAGGGAUGGUACAGAGAAAGAAGGGCGUGGUCAUCAACAUCUCCUCUACGUCAGGGGCGGUUCCAUUUCCUCUGCUGACUACCUACGCAGGCACCGAGGCCUUUGUGACGCAUUUCUCUCGUAGUUUGGCCAUUGAGUACAAGAAGAAGGGUAUCAUCGUGCAGACCGUCACUCCCGGGACAGUGUCGACAAAUAUGAGUUCAAACCAACCCGUUAACGCCAUGAUACCCAACCCGGGGUCUUUCGUUCGCUCUGCCUUGAAAACAGUCGGGCUCGUGGGUGUAACUUGUGGCUAUUUCGCACAUUCCUUCCAGCUGUGGAUCGUGGGCCUCUUUCCCCAAGAGAUGUUCGCCACCUGGGUACUGAUGCCUACUUUGCAGAUGUAUAAGAAUGCUGAUGGGAAGAUGACACAGCAGAAGAAGCAGAAGUAAAGUGGUGCUGCAAGCACAUUGUUGUGUCCUCACAUGAACAUGAACAAUUAAAAAACAAUGCAGGAUGUUAAUACUAUGCCUGCGGUUCAUAUAUUACAAUGUUGUUAAUCUACUGUUUACAAUUAAUUUAUCUUCUAGCUCUUAUUUGUGAACUAGGCUAACUAUACUUAAUAUGUGCCUGCUUCCCUAUACAAGUUACUACUGCUAACACGCAUGUCCUCGACAAGAUGAUUAGUUUUGAGCUUGCUCUGUUUUAACUUUAAAACAAGCUAUGUUCGUUAUAGUCGUUUACAUGGUAGGAUUUUGCACAUUAGAGGUUGAGUCAAUACUUAGGAAUAUGGCGUGAGUGGUCGUUGGAUGCAAUACAACAAUCCGCCGCAAGGUGUCGUUUUAUAAUCAGUACCUGACAAGCGACCAGGUGAAGCAAAUUUUUGGUCAGGCUAUGUCUCUGCCGUGUAGUCAAUGUCUAGUAUUUAGUUGCAUGCACUGCCGUGGACGCACAGGCGUGAAAUCAAAGACCGUGGACUUCAUGCUUUUUGGUGGAUCAGUACUAGUAGAGUCGUUUUCGGCUCAGUAUUACUGUAAAUGCAGAAACGUUCGCGGUGGAUUAAUGUUCGCGGUUUUCGCGGUGACCACCGCGGUGGUCA